CUAAAAAUUACGUAAUUUUUGCACCUUUCACUUUACAUAUCCACCACCAAUCACCAUCAAGGAUAAACAGUAACAAAUUUGCAGCUUGAAUCUGAAUUUCUUUGUUUUUGAAGCUGAUUUUGAUUGAAUUCUUUCACGGAAUGUCGUAAAAUGGGUUAAUUGUCUUAAUUAAAAUUCGCUUACAUUGUGAAAAACGGAGCGUAAAAUUCAAAAAUGGCGCGGCGCAUGCGCGGCCCCUUGCACGCCGCCUGCAUAUCGGCAAGUGUAGUAACCAACCGUGCAUCCGUCAUCGUCAUCACCCCAAGUGGCGUCAUGUAAAUCCGUUAAACUCCUCCACCUCUUCGAGACCGCUUCCUCCGAAAAACCCUUGGUAAACGUCGUCGUGUCCGCGUUUUCGUCCAUGGAGAACUCAAACUCGGAAGGCGUCGUCCUACCGGACAUUUCCGAAGCCGAACAGCUCGCGAGCGAGCACGAUGGCGGCGAGAAUGGCGACUCCUCCGUGGACGUGAAGCAGGCGCGCGUCUCCGCCGUCUCGGUGCGCCAUGCGGGCGUCCCGGUGUCCCUGCCGGUGGGCUCGCUCAUCACCAGCACCUUCAACGUCAUCACCCAGGACCAGCUGCCCCACUUCAAGCCGAUGCUGUGCGUCGACAACAACGGCUACAUCGCCACCGACGGCUCGGGGGCCGAGCUCAAGACCAUCGUCAUCCAGGGCGACGUCUCGGAGGCGGGGGCCGUCUCCACGCCGGUGACGGUGUCCGGGCCCAACCUGGGCUCGUGGAACGAGGCGGCGAGUCUGCCGGUGCUGCCGGUCAGGUGCAAGAACACCUCGGCGGAGCUGCACAAGAACAGGUUCGGCUCGGGGGGCAGAGGCCGCUGCAUCAAGUUGGGCUCCAGUUGGUACACGCCGAGCGAGUUCGAGGCGCUCUGCGGAAGGGCCUCCAGUAAGGACUGGAAGAGGAGUAUUAGGUUCGGCGGGAGGAGUCUGCAAACGUUGAUUGAUGAAGGUAUUAUCCUCCCUCAUGCAACAAGUUGCACUUGCGCCGCUUGCUGCGAUGAUGAAUCGGCAACAGGUCCCGUCCGCCUGUUCACCCCUUACAAAAGGAAGCGUCGAAAGGAUCACGACCCGAACAAGCGCAGCUGUGGCGAAGACAGUGACGGCAAUCAGCAAUCGAAAGAGGAAGCAUGGCAAAACCUGGCCGAAGGCUUAGACUCCACCGAUUAUCAGUUAAUGGAACCGGUGGUCAAUUCAGAUCCCACAGCUUCUUUGAAACGGCUCGAAGACAUCGCGUCGCAAAUAACGCGACUAGCGAGCGAUUUCCGCAAAGGUGUUGAAGAAUUACGUGACGCCAUUAGCAGACAAUCGGAGAAAUUUCAAAGAGAAAAGGAUGCUGCAGUUUUGGCGGCGCGAGUGGAGGCUCAAGUGGCGGCGCUUCAGCCUGAUGGCAGCUCGGAUACAACCCUGCAACCGGCUUUGGACGAUAACCAGAAAAAGUGUGCGAAUUGCAACAGGGAGGCACUGGCCGAAUGUUCCCUCUGUCGGCGGACGCCUUACUGUUCCACUUUCUGUCAACGUAAGGAUUGGGUCUCGCAUCAAGUCGAGUGUGUUAGGGGUGUGACAACGGACGCUAAUUCACAACAGUCAAUUAUGCUGAUUGUUGAAAGCGGAGAGCAACAAUAACCGGUUUUAUGACUUUGUGCUAUGUUUGAAAUAGCCCUACUUUUUAGUGUUUUUUUCUGAUCAGAAAAGUGACUGGUGAGUUUGGAGCUAAGUAGGCAACUUAACUCCAAAGUCAUGGCUACUUGGACCAGAAAUUUAAUUGACAGCAUGAUAUUUAUAGUAUCUUGCCCACACAUAUCUGUCUGCGUUUGUGGAUUCUCGUGGGGUUUUUAUCAAUUUCUAUCAUGAUGGUGUAUAUAUUGUACAUAUGUUUCAUUUUGUAAAUUUUGAACGGCUCGUCGCAUUAGGACUAAAUUGUGCUACUUUAUUUAACAAUUAAAGCAUUUUUAACGUUUA